CGGUGACAUCACAGUUGAGUUGGACCAAAGCUCACUUGGUGAUUGUUGGAAAGAGUAACGAGGACGGUUUAGGAGCAGUAACAGGAGCUCAGCCCGUCUCUCUCCUGUCUGCAGUCGUGCAUGUGAACUGCAUCAGCAGAGUGCAUGCAUACUGCAUCUGCAACAGCAGAGUCGCAGCAUCAGAACACUGCAGUGAAAUCCGGCUCCUGAACACACCCUGCUGCAGAGCUCCAGCACCACCACCACACUGACAGCUCCAGCUCCACCCUGCUGCAGCCUGCAGAGCUCCGGCACCACCACCACACUGACAGCUCCAGCUCCACCCUGCUGCAGCCUGCAGAGCUCCAGCACCACCACCACACUGACAGCUACAGCUCCACCCUGCUGCAGCCUGCAGAGCUCCAGCACCACCACCACACUGACAGCUACAGCUCCACCCUGCUGCAGCCUGCGGAGCUCCGGCACCACCACCACACUGACAGCUCCAGCCGGCUGCAGGACACCUCCACCGGCCACAGCAGAGACGAAGAGACCGGCGAGCUGCUGGAACACCUCCGAGCAGCAGGAUGGAUGAGAAAGACCCGACGCCUGCACCAGGGACACUGUCCCCGGGCCAGCUGCAGUCCCACCUCAAGAUGGAGCCCAAGACUCUGGGGGCGAUCCAGAUCGUCAUCGGGGCUCUGAUCUUCUGUCUCAGUGCCUCCGUGCUGCAGAUCCACGAGGUCCACUUCACGGGAGAUGUGGCCCUCAUCAUGGUUGUUGUCAUAGAGGUGACCUUGUCUGGUUCAGUGUUGGUCCACAGUGGGAGGAAACCGACUCUGUUCUGGGUGAAAUGUGUUCUGGUGCUGCACCUCAUCAGCGCUGCGUUUGCCACUGCUGCCCUGGGUCUGAUGUCCCAACACCUGCCCUACCGCCAGGACUCCUACCACUGUGAACACUGCCGCAGACUGGAGCUACAUGCCGUGCAACAUUGUUUCAGGAAAUGCACCGGGCUGAUCGAGCAAAAGUGUAAACUGCUGAUUGACGGGAUCUUGGGGACGCUGGUGAUCUUCCUGGUGCUGGAGCUGUUGAUCUGCAUCACCGCGAUGCUGUUUGGACUCAGCGUCCUCGCUGCUGGUGGAACCCAGGCUUCCAGCCAGAGACCUGUCUAUCCACAGACGCGCCCCCCACCUGUUCCAGCUGUGCAGGCUAUUCCAGCUGUGCAGGUUGCUCCGGCUGCAGCCGAGCCAUUUCAGGUGGCCGUAGUUGUGACUGAACCCGACUCGGAUCAGGUGGAGGAAAUCUCCACCCCGCCCACUGAACCCCAGGUGGAGCCGAUAUAAGCUGUGACCCCCCCAGAGAACCUGAACUCAACACACACACUGCUCCCUGUGGUGUCAUGUCAUGUCAGUCAGAGUGUAAAUAUGGAUGUGAACUGGGAAGAACUAUUCCUCCCCGCCCCCCAGUGUUCAUUAGAAUUAGGAUUUCAUUCAUUUCCCAUUUAGCUUGAAUGACUCGUGUAUCACAGUGACAACAAAUGUGCUGAUGGCAGCCGUCCACGGUAAUAAAACACAAUAAGUCAAAAGAUAAAUGUGAGUGUCCCAACAAGUUGUCACUGUGUCCUUUCACUUCUGGCAUGACAUGAACACAGAACCAGUAGCAUCACUGCUGCACCUACAAUACAGGAUGUUGUGGUUAUGAUAUGGAUCUGUGUCACUAGUAAUGCUGAUAUAUUCUUCAAAUAAUAAGAUAACUAAAAUAAGUAGAGAGAAAUAAGAAUAAUAGAGCUUGAACAGCGAGGGGUCACCUUUAAGAUUACGUAGUAGGACGGUGGUUCUCAAACUCUGGUCCACGUACCACCGGUGGUCCGCGUGCUCUCUGUAGUGGUACGCGGAGGAAUCUCUGACUAUCGAUUCCUCUUAUUGAUGCUUUCCCACGGUUAUGCUGCACAAUGACGCAGACGCACGCUGCAUCAUGUUUCAGUUAGUUUGGGACCGGAGACACGGUGAAGAGAUAAUAAAGCUCUCAGCAGCAUGGAGCUACUAAACCUGAGGGGAUGCAUCCUGUUUCUACCUGAUAAAGAGACACUGAGAACAACAAACCUGUGUUGAAACAGCAGGAGGAGAGUUAGUAACGUUAGCUGUUAGCAGCCGUUAGCAGCUCAGUCCAGACUGGAUGAAUACCGGAGAUACCAACGUUAACGGGGGUGCCAUUGAGUUAUUGUUAUGAGGCGUUUAAAUUCUGCUCAGGCUCAGGAAAAAGGACUAUUAAGUGAAGGUAAAUUACAACGUUAUCAUGAUGUGUUCGAAUGUAAUCUGGUAAAAUGUAGUUUUUGGUAAGAAACUUGAAUAAAUCCAGUUGUUUGAAGGAGAUGUUUGUUUUGUUAAGUUGUGUUAAUGGAAACAUUACUACCCAAAACAGUCAGUCCUGUACGGUUCAACAACUCCUGCAUAUAAUGUCAUUUUAUUAAUAAUCUGCUGUUGGAGUGAUGCUCAGUAGAAUAAAUGCUGAACAAUAAGUGCGUAGUUUGUUUUCUAUAAAUGAAUGUAGUGAUAAAAUAGAGGUUACGUCUGACAGAAUUUGUUUGGCCCCCGGCAACAAUCUGGGUUUCUCAUGUGGCCCCCCAGGAAGAAUAAUGUCCCAGCCCCACUCCCCCCCCGGUCAUAAUGGUUGUACUCGGAGAGUCAAAUAUUUUCUGAGGUGGUACGUGGUGUAGAAAGUUUGAGAACCACUGUAGUAGGAUAUAUUCACUUCACUAAUAGCCAUGUGCACAUCUUGUUUUAAAUUACAGUAAAAGCAGAUUCAAUAUGUAACAUUUUGUUUUUCAAAGAUCUUAAACCUCUUUUGAAUCCGCCAUAUUUGACUGUUGAAAUAAGAUUGUGUUGUUGUUGUUAUCUGGUUAUAUAAAACCUUUUAUUGAGUUCAUGCUUUUUAAAACGGGUCUUCCUGAUGCCAACCCAGAAUUCAUUAAUGAAAGAGUAUUACAGCAUCUACUGUCUACUAUCAAUCAUUCAUUGUUGGUUAUCUGUUAUCUGUUAUCUUAAUUCAAACUUAAAGGAGGACUGCAGUGUUAAAGCUGAGAGACAGCAGAGGGUGAAAUAUUCAGACUUUUAGUCCCGAGUAUGAAUCAAGCUCCAAAAAACACUACAUGUAUCCUACAUGUCCCAUAAUGCCAAUAAACCUUCCCACCCUU